AUGGCAGCUGAUUUGGAUAAAAUUCAUGUGCUGCCUAAAGUUAAGCAGAUCUUUGAUGUGGUACCAUCGACUGAAUACUUACAUACGGUUAACGAUGGAGGGAGGCAUUACACCGUCUGCCUGUUAGAGAGAAAAUGCGUUUGUGGGAGGUUCCAAGUUGAUGAAUUACCAUGCCCACAUGCUUGGGCUGUAUUGAAGAGCAUGUUUCUAAUGCCAGAAGAUUAUUGCUCUAACUAUUACAAAUCAAAUUCUGUUGUAAUGACAUACGAUGUGCCUGUGUACCCGCUACCGGACAGAAAUGACUGGAAUAUACCAGCACAUGUUGCAGAGGAAGUUGUAUUACUACCCAAAUGGAAAAGACCUCCUGGAAGGCCAAAGAAGAAGCGUGAUAAACCUUUCAGUGAAUUGCUGCAGGCGGAAAAACAACAUUCAUAUAGCAUAUAUGGGCAGGGAGGACAUAAUAAGCGAACGUGUAGAAAUGCUCCAGGUAGGAUUUAG